UCCCGGCCGCAUCCCGGCCGCAUCCUGGCUGUGCCGUUCCUGUGGCCGCCGCGGCGCCUGGACUCUGGCGCGGCGCAGCCCCUGGCUCCGGCUGUCCUGCGCUGGAGCUGGGAGCUCCUGACUCUGAAACGGGGUGCACAGCGGAAUAGCUGGCUCGAGGAAGCAGCGCUUGACCGAGCCGCACCUUUUGUUCCUGCAGUUCCCAAGGGUUGCUUUCUCCUGUCUGCUGACUCUGACUGGCAGCAGCUUUAGCCCCUGUUCUUUGCCUCUGGUUUUGUUGGUGAGGAUAUCACAGUGAUGUCUGCAUUCAACCUGCUGCAUUUGGUGACAAAGAGCCAGCCAGUGGCCCUGCGAGCCUGUGGGCUUCCCUCAGGGUCAUGUAGGGAUAAAAAGGACUGUAAGGUGGUCUUUUCCCAGGAGGAGCUGAGGAAGCGGCUGACACCCUUGCAGUACCAUGUCACUCAGGAGAAGGGGACUGAAAGUGCCUUUGAGGGGGAGUACACACACCAUAAAGCUAAAGGAAUAUACAAAUGUGUUGUUUGUGGAACUCCUUUAUUCAAGUCAGAAACAAAGUUUGACUCCAAUUCAGGUUGGCCUUCCUUUUAUGAUGUGAUCAGUCCCGAUGCAAUUACUUUCAACGAUGAUUUCUCCUAUGGGAUGCAUCGGAUUGAAAUAUCCUGCAGUCAGUGUGGUGCUCACCUGGGGCAUAUUUUUGAUGAUGGACCUCGCCCAACUGGCAAACGGUACUGCACAAACUCUGCUUCAUUAUCUUUCAAGCCAGCGGACAAGAGCAACGCUGGAGAAGGCAGCAGUAAUGCCAGUCCUGCCCAAACAGGCAAAGCUGAGCUGUAGGAUGAAGCAAAGUCUGCAGAAAACUGCAUCAAUCCCGCACAGCUUACAAGGAAUGUUUUCAAGUUGCCUGCUCUCUUAUAUCCUAAGAAUGUUCAAAUGUAUGAAAGCAUUUUGCACCAUCCUUCUUCUUCCUCACCUCUUCAGAACUGAGGCCUUGCCUGCCAGUGCAUUUACUGUAUAAUUGGAUUGAGAAAUGUAUUGACUGAGUCCACAGGUUUUCUUUUUUCUUAUUUUCUUUGAGAUUGCUUUGGGGAAUCUUUAAAUUGAGAGGCUUUAACAUCAUUAGUUAUUAGUUUCUUCUUAAUGCUGUGUUACUUUAGGUUUAAGCACUAUUCCUAUUUGUGUGGGAAAUGGGACUUCUGUUUAUCUCCAGUCUAUAGGAAAGUUCUGGGCAUAAGAAAAUCCUGAAUUCCUAGCACAUCUCUGCUUUGUUCUGACUUGUGAGGCAUGCAGCCUUUGGUCAUAUGUAUUCAACCAUCUCCCAGCAUCAGCCGCACCUUGCAAAAACUUGUAGUUAUGGCUGUUCCUUCCCAACUGAAAGAGAUGGAUGAGGUGUUAAAACCAUCCUUUGGCUAAUUUACUGCCAAAAUUUCAAGGGUGUGGUUGAGAGGAUGUAAACAUUGUCUCAGCAUCUGUGUUUCCCCUUUCUUUGGUAUUUAAAUCAAGGUUUUAACUAGUACGGCUCACUUUUGCAGGCUACUAAUGAGGCUUUGUCUGUUUUUGAGGCCUGUUCAACAAGUGCAACGCAAAUCUGAAUUAAAGUUGAACUCUACAGGGGGUAAUUAUAUGGGCAAGUGCAGAGAUAAACUUGCAAAGUGAAGUAGAUGAAGGAUGACAUUAGGCUCUUUAUCUUGUCGGUUGCUUCAAGGAUUCAGAAACAUGCCAGCUUCUGCUAGAAGGAGUUUAGGAAUGAAUGCAGAAAAAAGAGGGAGACCCUCCUGACGUAUCCAGUUUUAAAGAUUAGCUGGUCUGGAUGCAUACGGCAUACAAGAUCCAGCCUUUAAUUUGUGCAAUUGCGGUGUAGGACAUGAGUGACAGCGUUGGUGUAAGAAAUGAAUUUGAAAAACGCCUGUCACAGCCCCAGAAGUUUUCAUGUAGCAAAAUUCACUGUCCCAUAAGAUGUUUUUCACAGCUGCUUUUAGAUUUUGUUGGCUAACACUUAGAAUUGUGCAUAAUACUGUUCUUUAAGCUAUCCUAUACAGCAUUUGCUAACACCACUUUGCCUUUAAACGCUGAGAGACUUAAUGAAUACGGUAUUUACUUUUACUAGCAAACUUUGUGACUAACAUGUUUGGAUCCAAUUUUAUUUUUGGUAGGAACAAAGCAACUGUUUUUUAUGGAAGCAGGAGUGAGGUUUUUAUGUCAGUGAUAAUAAACAUAUUGUAGCGGUUUGAAUCUAAAGUUCAAACACCCUUCAGUUAAAAUAUAGCUACUGUGAAAGCAUAGGGAAUGGUCAGAAUUGCCUUUUUUUUAGCAACAGUAGAAAGACAUGAAAAAAACAUACUGCACCCUAUCAUUUAAUAGAUGCAAAUAAGGAUGAUAAGUAUUUACAGCUAAAACGCUUGGGCUGUGGUGAGCACCUACUCAUAUGAGUAUUCCCCCAGUUGCCAUGCAAGGAAUUGCUCUUUAGCUGCAGGAAAGGUUGUGCAGAUUGACCUUUGGUGUUUCAAGGCAAUCGAGUUUCUCCUAGUGUUGUUAGGUUUUAGCAAUUUCUUCUGGAAGGACUACUUUUAUCCCUUGCUCUUAUUUAAAGAAUAGUAGGUUUUCUCUACCACAUGUUCUGACACAAACAUUAAAAAGACAGCAUCUAUAAAAAUGUGGUACAUAAAUGUGGUUUAACUCCAGAUUGCUGUUUGAUUUAAGUAUUAUCAAAUUUCAGUAUAUUCCUGCCUUAUGCUAAAGAAAUAUAUUACUUAAGCUUCAGAACACAGUAAUGUAUGCUGUCCUACAGGAGAUUGAUUUUUGCAGGAUAUGGAAUGCAAUGAAAUGAGUCAAUAUGGUGAGGUGUAUGUGAUCUCUGGGAGUUAGAUCAUUUCAUAUAGGAAAUGCGUUGUUCUCGUGCACAAGCUAUACCGCAGCGCAGUGCAAGGUAAGAUAGAUUUCCUUUUAUUGCUCUUAGAAGAUGCUAGUAAGGGCUAGUAUUGAACCCUCCAAAUUUGAUUCAGUCUGGUGAUGAUUGUGACAGAGGAAACUUGGGAGCUGAGCACAAUGUAUAGAAUAAUGGAAUAUAUCUGUAUGUUUAAAUUUUGCACUGUCUAGAUGCUUAUAAAAACUGAAUGCAAACUCUGUAGAAAUAGCAAACUAUAUUUUCUAAUAUCUCUAUUUUAGAUGUUUAAAUAAGAUAUCUUAAAAAUCAUGUAAGUCACACGUUAUUUAUAUAUACUAUAUAUAUAUAAAAUUGCACUUGUUUUUUAUAUAUAUAUACGUACACACACAUAUAUUAUUUGAGUAUAAUUUUAGCCUUCUGUACCUUUUUAAUAAUGAAAACCUUUCCACAAGAGGGUUCAAUACUUUUAAGAAAUCAAAUAUACAUUUUUCAAAUCAAAUUUGUUUUCGUAUACUUGCUGUACACAAAUAUAAAAUAAAUUUCUUUAUAAAUAA